CAACAGCGUGAUGUCGUUCUCGGGCCCCACCAUUGCUCAGACAGAAGUCGUAAGCAUGGUCUUGCAUCUUGUAGCAAUCAUUGUCACAUCAUUCCGCUUGUAUUGUCGUGUGCGGCAAGGACGUCUGUGGAUUGAUGACUUAUGGGCAUCCUUCGCCAUGAUAUUCAGUCUCGCCCAAUUAGUUGUCGAUUGGUUGUAUCUGCAUGCUUAUGAAAAAUUCCCUCAAGGCACAAGGGUAACACUGUAUUACCUGGUCUGCCUAUUCUUUUCUGCAGUUGUUUGGUGUUCCAGGAUAUCAAUUCUGUUUACAGUUGUACGACUCACGGUCCCAGGAACCCUCAGGAAGGUCCUCACAUAUACUACAACGAUCUUCGUUAUUGCAUGGGCUGUACUUUCUGCACAAGUCUGGUGGACUUGUGAAUCUGAGCCCAAGUGGAAAACACAACCACGCCCGCAAUGCGAUCUCGGCAGAAACGUUGCAAUAGCGCAGAUCAUUACUGACGUUUUCGGAGACACUAUUCUUAUCCUGGCCCCAUCUCGCCUCAUUUAUAAAGUCAGAUUGACGAAGGCACAAAAAAUCCGGAUACUUGCCAUCUUUUCGACGUCAGCAAUCACUACCGUUGUUAGUCUUGUCCAUGCAUAUUACAUCUUGUCUGAUGGAGGGCUAAAGGAGGCAGUGGCUGCUAUAGUCGAGACUUCUGUGUCCUUGAUUGUCGCGAACUUAAGCGUGGUCGUGGCAUUCUUCUUGAGGAUGGGCGCAGAAGAUGAUACAUCCUCGCCAGCACCGUUGAAAUUCACGCCCAUCAUAACCAUCGGAUCACAGCCAAGGAGGCGCCACUUUAGCGACCCUCUCGCCAUGACUGUGAUAAACGUUGAAACCACCACGAUUAACUUGAAGUUGAUCGAUCUCCCCGAAACUCGCCCCAGUGUGCUGAAAAGUGGCAACACCGACGAAAUUUCUUUAAAUAGCAUGGAGGGAAAGCAGACCUGCGGUGAAUUGUGCAUCAGCAAAAAAACCAAAACCGUGCAAACCACAUAACAAGCCGCCAGUAAUACAGUAAUAUUCAGAACAAGGUAUACAAUUGCUACAUUCCCUACAAACAACUGACAGACUUGUGAGCUAUGAUACAAGUCCGACUAGGUUUUAUCCAUAGAUUCCAUACUCCUACAACGCUUUAGCAUUCAGGUCGUGGAAGGUUUCUGCUGACUCAGGCGGUAAUUCGAGCUGGGUAUCCAUUCGAUGGGAAAUGCACAAUUUUCACUUAUUGCUGAAUAGCAACACAACAACAACACAUAUUCGUAUCGGAUCUACUGUAUUGUAUAACUUAGGUCUCUG